AUGUCCUCUAGAGGUCUUCGUACUGGCCUCCUUCGAUUGCUAAGCAAAGGGGAAGAUCUCUCUUUGAAGUCGCACAAAGAAGGUAUUCCGUGUCGCACAAAUCAGCAGCAAUGUCUGGAGAAUCCGCCACCGCUAUUCACAAGGGUCAAGAACGAAGCUGGAAUUUUAACGGCCAGGAAGGAUUUGGAUUAUAUUGGGCGUGACGAGUUGCUUGAGGCAUUAAAAAGGCAAAAAGGAACAUUUGAAACAGGGCAAGAGGACACUACAGAAAUUCCUGAAGAACUGAGACUGAGAUUGGCAUAUAGAGAAGCAGCUGUUGCUGUUAUUGCAUGUUAUUUUCCUGAGCCACUCCGCCCUUUUGUUGAGCCAGCCAAAUAUGUCUUAUAG